AUGUAUAAAAUGGAAUAUUCUUACCUCAAUUCCUCUGCCUACGAGUCCUGUAUGGCUGGGAUGGACACUUCGAGCCUGGCUUCAGCUUAUGCUGACUUCAGUUCCUGCAGCCAAGCCAGUGGCUUUCAAUAUAACCCUAUAAGGACCACUUUUGGGGCCACCUCUGGCUGCCCAUCCCUCACUCCAGGAUCCUGCAGUCUCGGCUCUCUUAGGGACCACCAGAGCAGUCCAUACGCAGCAGUUCCUUACAAACUCUUCACCGACCACGGGGGUUUAAACGAGAAGAGGAAACAGAGGCGGAUCAGGACCACCUUCACCAGCGCCCAGCUCAAGGAACUGGAGAGGGUGUUCGCGGAGACGCAUUACCCUGACAUAUACACCCGGGAGGAGCUGGCGCUCAAAAUCGACCUCACCGAGGCGAGAGUGCAGCGGGCAGCGGGGCCGGCGUGCCAGACAGCCCCCCGCCCAGGGCACCGGGUAGCAGCUCGGACCGAGCGUCCAGCUCCACCGAAAGCCCUCGGGCAGAAGAACCGGGUACCCCCGGGGCUGCAGCGCAUCCCGGUACCGCCUCCUCUGCAGCCGGGGCGCUUGCGGGUUAGCUGCGGGGACACUGGGGCCAUGAACUCCGGCUGA